UGUAGCACUUACUGCCUUAGUGUACGGACGCGUCCCAUUUCUCUCCAGAUUCAGCGGAGAGACAGAUAUAUGGACACAGGGUUUGCGUAGGAUAACGAUCGUAAAAAAAAGCCAGGAUGUCUUCCCCGGCGGCCCCCCCGUCGGGUCCCCCCCUCAAGUACCCCCGCGGCGCCUUCUUCAUCCUCGCCGGCUACCUCCUGGAGCGCUUCGUGUACUACGGCCUCUUCGGGGGCGCCGUCUUCUACAUGCAGAGGAUGCUGGGCUUCACCUCCUCGUCGGCGUCCACGGUGAAGGCGGUGAUGGAGGGCCUCAUCUACCUCGCGCCCAUCGCCGGGGCCGUCCUCGCCGACACCUACCUCGGCAAGGCCCGGACAGUGUUCAUCAUGUGUUGCUGCUACACCGCGGGCGCCCUCAUCUACUCCCUGUCGUCUGCCACGCCCAUCAUGGCCAGUGUGGACGCAGCCAAGGUCACGGGCAUUGCAGGUCUGCUCGUGCUGGGCAUCGCAGCCGGUCUGAUGAAGGCCGUGUAUUCGUCCCUUGGCGCUGACCAGUUCAAGGUUCCUGAGCAAAGAGAGCAGCAGCAGAGGUUCUUCUACGCCUUCUACUGGAUGAUCAACGCCGGAGCCUUCCUGGGCCAGUUCAUGACGGCGCAGCUCAGGGACACCGUCCAGUGCUUCGGCGACGACUGCUACCUGCUGCCCUACCUCAUCCUCGUCGGCUUCAUGGCGGUCUCCACCACCAUCUUUGCGCUCGGAAGGUCCCGGUACAUCGAGGCGCCCCCGGACACGAUGCUGCUGCGCGCGAUGCGGUGCGUGGCGCACGCGGUGCGGCGCAAGUGGGACGGCGCGGACGACAAGGCGGCGCACUGGGUCGAACGCGCCCGGGACCGCUUCGACGGCAGCCUCAUCCGCGACGUGAAGAUCACCCUGCGCGUGCUGCUCUUGUUCUGCACGUACCCGCUGUUCUGGGCGCUGUUCUACCAGACGUCGACGGGCAUGAUCUUCCAGGCCAAGCGGCUCGACGGCCGCGUCGGAGAGUCCUACAGGAUCCCGCCCGAGAUGUCGUCCACCAUUAACCCGCUGCUCAUCCUCACGCUCAUCCCCCUCUUCGAUCAGGUCAUCUACCCGCUCCUGGGGCGCCUCGGCGUCCUCACCUCCACCACCUCCAGGAUGAUCGCCGGAAUGGCCUUCGCUGUCUCCUCCUUCGUCGUCUACGCCAUCGUCAACAUGUCCGUCGAACAGACGCUCAUUCCCUCCACCCACGCCCGCCUGCACGUCUACAACGCUCUCCCGUGCGAGGCCGCCCUCCACUUGCCUCCCGAGCUGCACCUCGUCGACGAGGACGGCGAAAGAAUGGCCAAGAAGGAGCUCAUGAUCCCGCUCGCGGGCCAGGUCGCCCUUCCGAACGUCGAGGUCGGCGGCGCGCCCCAGAAGGUGGAGGUCCAGGUCAGCAGGUCGUGCGCGGCCGGUAGCGACUUGACGCCCGUGCAGGUCGUCCUCCUUGGGGCGCACGAGUCCUCGGUCGUCCUCACGGCCGCCGGCCCUCGACCUCUCGCGCCCUCCCUCGAGUACCUCAAAAACGAGGACGCUGAAGCCAAGGUGCGAGUGAUCGUAGCCGAGGGUAACGUCACGGAGGUCACCCUCAAGUACGAGACUCAGGAGGAGAAGUUCCCCAUCACGGACGGCCUCUCCGAGUUCCAGAUUCUGAGCCCCCAGCCUUACGAGGUGCUGGUGGGCGGCGCGGGCGUGGUCGGGGCGGCCAACGUCUUCCAGGACGGCGUAUACGACGUGGUGGUGCUGGGCGGCGCGGGCGAGGGUGAGGGCGUGCGCGUGUUCCCCGUGACCGCGCCUUCGCCAGUGCACAUGGGCUGGCUUUUCCCGCAGUACUUCCUGCUGACGGUGGGCGAGGUCCUGUUCUCCGUGUCGGGCAUGGACUUCGCGUACUCGGAGGCGCCGGCGGCCAUGAAGUCCAUCCUGCAGGCGGCCAACCUGUUCACGAUCACCGUGGGCCUGUGGCUGUUCGCCGGCCUGAAGGCCAUCAGCUCCGCCACCAGGGCCUUCGAGCACCGCGCGUCCCACGAGGCGCUGCUGUAUGCUGGCCUCAUGGCCGCCAACACCAUCAUCUUCACGCUGCUCCUCCGCUGGUACAACUCGACGCCGCAGGAGGCCGCAUUGGAGGAGAAGGGCGAGGAGAGGAAGGACGAAGAGAAGAGAGCGGAGGCAGGAGCGAGUGCGAAGGACGCUCACGACAAUCCUGGUUUCGUUGAGGACCACGCCGUGUGAGGAGGCGGCUGCGAGGGCCAGGCUCCGUCUCGAUCUCCCGAAAAUAUUCGAGUCACAGGAGAUCCCUCUCUAAUAUCUCCUUCCAAUAUAGACGAUCAUAUACACUUCACCCCCCCCCCCCUUUAACGUGCACACAAUUCCCAUUCUUUCUCCAAACUGUGAUGUUGACCGGUCUCCUGUUACCUCAGCUUCAUCAGUGUCGAAUGCCAUGUUUCCAUAUUUGUCAUCAAAUGGCGAGAUUUUAUACUCCGAUAUGUUUUCUUGAUGUAUUUUAUGGGAGCAAAGCAUGUGUACAUUCUUUCCUAAGAAUUAUAAAUAUUGGCCGAUUGUAAUGCAAUUGGCUGAUGUACAAAGCCUUUAUGAAUUAUCAAAACACAUAUAUCGCAUCUUUUCCAUUCAGAAACUUUCAUUUCACUGACGAUUUGCAACGUUUGCAUAAGAAUCCAUCAACAAAUAUACCCAUCGAGUUUAUUGGGUGAUUUUUUAAAAAGUGUAUGCUGUUGUAAUUUUUUUUACAAAUUCAUAUAACAGCUUUUUGUCCAUCCACAACCAGACAAUUAUAUAUUUUUCUUGUCAACGUAUUCUCGAAUAUAUAUUAAGUUUGUACAAAGGUCUUUCUCUUUUUAUAUAUUAUAUUAUUGUGUAGACUUAUAUUACAUAUAUUUGCACAUAUUCUCGUAUAUACACGUCAUGCAUAAAUAAAAAACGUGUUGAUUUUUUAAUAAAGUUUAUAAUAAGUGA